AUGACACACCUUACGGAGAUCAACAACAAUAUUAUUUCAUGUCGGCUAGCCAUUACAGACGACAUUGAUCUAAUUUGCGGUUCUAUCGAUGAUCGCGUAUUUAUUCCUGCUUUUCUUGAACGUUCUAUCGCAUCAUCUCAUUGUCAUGUUGCUCUUCUCAAUGGUUCUCUCAUCAUUGGUUAUGCUGUUCUUGACUAUUCCUUUUACGCCCAAGCUUUUAUUGCAAUGCUACGUGUUCAUCCAUUGUAUCGACGGCAAAGAGUUGGUCUGACAUUAAUGCAAUAUUUGGAACAGCCAUUUUUAUGUACAACGAAGAAACUAUUUACAUCAGCAAAUCUAUCCAAUUUAGCAAUGCAAUCAUUACUAGCCAAACUACAGUAUAAGCUGAGUGGUGUUAUUCAUAAUUUGGACGACGAUGGAGAUUCAGAACUAGUCUAUUACAAAUCUGUAGCAGUGUAA